CACACACAAUGUAACGCGUGGUCAUCGAAAUUAUUUGAUUAGGGUUAGGAAAUUGGCGAGAGUUGGUCGUCAGCGAUACAUACUCUCGGGUUCCUUUCGCUUCGAAUCGGAGAGAGGCAGCAGCUAAUUUUGUUGGAACAUGUCGAACAAUCCUCCUCAGUCCUCUGGUGCCCAGUUUCGGGCGAUGGUUCCUGGGCAACAAGGUCAGCAAUUUGUUCCUGCAGCUUCACAACAGCCGUUUCAUCACCCCUACGGACAUGUACCACCAAAUGUUCAAAGUCAGUUUUCUCAGCAGCUUUUUCCAGUGAGACCAGGUCAGCCUGGACAUAUUGCAUCAUCAUCACCUCCAGUUGUAGGCUUUGGUACAUCUGGACCACCUCCAUUUUCUUCUUCAUAUUCAUUUACACCUUCAUCUUAUGGUCAGCAACAACCAACUCCGCACAUGCAUGCAUCUGGUAGUGUCCCACCAGCAGCCAACUCUUGGCCUGCUCCUCCUGUUAUUCAAAGUACAACACUUGUUUCCCCUGUUCAGCAGACACCAGCCACUCCCACUGACCCAGGAAAUCUAACUCCACAAUCUGCAUCUGACUGGAUGGAGCAUACAUCUGCUGAUGGUAGAAAGUAUUAUUAUAACAAGCAGACUAAACAAUCAAGUUGGGAAAAACCUCUUGAACUGAUGACACCACUUGAGAGGGCAGAUGCAUCCACUGUGUGGAAGGAAUUUACAACAGCUGAAGGAAGGAAAUAUUAUUAUAACAAGGUUACAAAGGAGUCUAAGUGGACAAUUCCGGAAGAUUUAAAGUUAGCUCGGGAACAAGCCGAAUUAGCUAGUGCAAAGAGGUCCCAUUCCGAAGAUGAAUCGACCUCUCUAUCCCGCAUUACUGCAUCCUCGUCUGAUCUAGCUGUUAGCACUCCUGUUACCGCUGUUGUUCCCAGUACAUCUUCAACAAUUCCUGGGCAUUCUACAAGUCCUAUUCCAGCGGGUUUGGCUGUACCUGUCACCCGUCCUCCCCCUGUUGCUUCUGUUACUCCAACGUUUGCUGCAACUAGUGAUACUGAGGCUACUGCAAUGAAAUUGGAUAAUUUAUCGUCUCAGGGGGCAUAUGAAUCAAAUGAUGGAGCGCCAGCACCAAAUAAUGAGGUUGAUUAUAAGGAAAUUUCGGUGAAUGGAAAAUCCAAUAUGACACCUGCUGGUGACAAAGCAAACGUUGAGGAGCCGAUGAUGUAUGCUACUAAGCAGGAGGCCAAAGCUGCUUUCAAGUCUCUUUUGGAAUCUGUAAAUGUUCAGUCCGACUGGACAUGGGAACAGACAACGAAAGAGAUUGUUCAUGAUAAAAGAUAUGGUGCUUUGAGGACACUCGGUGAGCGGAAACAAGCUUUUAACGAGUAUCUCGGUCAACGGAAAAAAGUGGAAGCCGAGGAAAGGCGAUGGAGACAGAAGAAAGCGCGGGAAGAAUUUGUAAAGAUGCUAGAGGAGUGUGAAGAAUUAUCAUCAUCCAUGAAAUGGAGGUUUGGCUUUCAGCUAAUGAAAGAAUCGUUGGUUCUUGUCUUUAUUGUAUGUCACGUAUGUGCUAAUAUAAACUUUUUCCUCACCAGCAAAGCUUUGAGUUUGUUUGAAAAUGAUGAGCGUUUUAAAGCUGUUGAUCGCCCAAGGGAUCGUGAAGAUCUUUUUGACAAUUAUAUUGUGGAACUUGAGAGGAAGGAAAGAGAGAAGGCAGUGGUAGAACAUCGGCAGAAGAUGGCAGAGUAUCGGAAGUUUCUUGAAACCUGUGACUAUAUCAAAGCAAGUACACAAUGGAGAAAAAUUCAGGAUAGACUGGAGGAUGAUGAAAGAUGCUCAUGUCUUGAAAAAAUAGAUCGUUUGAUUGGUUUUGAGGAUUACAUUAAUGACCUGGAGAAGGAGGAAGAGGAGCUGAAGAGGGUAGAGAAGGAACAUGUUAGGCGCGCUGAAAGAAAAAACCGUGAUGCAUUUCGUACACUACUGGAAGAACAUGUCGCUGCUGGCAUCCUUACAGCCAAGACGUACUGGUUGGAAUAUUGCAUUGAGGUAAGAGACUUGCCUCAAUACCAAGCUGUUGCAUCUAAUUUGUCUGGCUCAACUCCGAAAGACUUGUUCGAAGAUAUCACGGAAGAAUUAGACAAGCAGUAUCACGAGGACAAGAGUCGCGUAAAGGAUGCGAUGAAGUCGAGGAAGGUUUCCAUGGUCUCCUCAUGGAUGUUUGAAGAUUUUAAAUCUGCUCUUUCAGAAGAUCUCAGUUCUCAACCAAUAUCAGACAUAAAUUUAAAGCUCAUAUAUAAUGACUUGGUUGAGAGGAUGAAGGAAAAAGAAGAAAAAGAAGCCAGAAAGUUUCAGCGUUUGGCUGAAGAGUUUACCAAUCUUUUGCGCACUUUCAAGGAAAUAAACGCAGCUUCAAAUUGGGAAGAUGUCAAACAACUAGUUGAAGAAAGUCAAGAGUACAGAUCGAUUGGAGAUGAUAAUGUUAGCAGAGGGCUUUUUGAGGAAUACAUAACAAGUUUACAGGAAAAAGCAAAGGAGAAGGAGCGUAAGCGUGAUGAGGAAAAGUUUCAGAGUAGGAAAGAGAAGGAUAAGGAGGAGAAAGAGAAGCGGAAAGACAAGGAGAAGGAGAGAAGGGAAAAGGAAAGAGAACGCGAAAAAGAGAGGAGUAGCAAAAGGGAGGAAUCGGAUGGUGAUGUAGAUGUGAGUGAAGGUCAGAAAGAGGAGAAACGAAAAGGAAAAGAUCGAGACAGAAAACAUAGGAGACGCCAUCACAAUUCUGAUGAUGAUGUCAGUUCUGAUAGGGAUGACAGAGAGGAGUCGAAGAAGUCAUCAUCCCGUAAACAUGGUAAUGAUCGCAAAAAAUCAAGAAAGCACGCAAACACACCAGAAUCAGACAGUGAAAGUCGGCAUAAAAGACAGAAGAAAGAGCAGCGUGAGAGUAGUCGUCGAGGUGGUAAUGAUGAGUUAGAGGAUGGAGAGGUUGGGGAAGAUGGUGAAAUCAGACUUUAAUCGCUGAGAAGUGGAUAAUAACAUUUGUUUCUUCAUCUGAAACCUUUCUACUUCUUUUAGAGACUUUUAUUCCUAAUGAUUCAUCUUUACACACUCUACUACUCUAGUGAUAUUUUUCGUUUGCGUUUCCUUAAUAAUCGGAUAUAAUGUACCCGGUGAAGACGGGGUUCGAAAGCAUUUGUUAUCUGUUUACUUUGUUUUUGUUUUUUAAA